AAUGAGCAGACAACAGACAAGUAAUACAAUCAGGCAUAACCAAUUUGAAGUGUUAUUUCGAUACACUGUCACAUAGUCUAAGAAUUACUCAGAAAAAGAGAUCUAGAAUUAUAAUUUCUGAGGAUGGAAUUAAACGGAUGAUUUCGACUGAUACUAAGGUUGCUUUCGUUACAGAAUCUAAUGACCUCGCAUCGAUCCAAGAUAUUCAAGGCAAGGGGUUGGCUGGGCUUAUUAAGCCUAUCCUUAACCAAGGUUCAUGUCCACCUUUAAAGUCACUCAGCUGUCUCAAUUUACUCUACUCGUUUCCGUGUAAUAACGAUGACGAUUGCUUUGAGAACGGAAUGACAUGCUGCAACACCAAAUGUACAUACGGAAAAAAGAUGUGCAUUCCACGAGUUUCCACCGUGUGUCCCUUAAGAACUCCAUACUACACUGGGUUUCAGACAUGCAAAGACUCGGGCGAUUGUGGGACUGGCGGAGUAUGCUGUAUGGAUAUGGCUGGAAGACAUUACUGUCAUCAUCUUGGCUAUGUGGAAUAAAUGCCGUCUUGGAGAAACGAAUAUCACACUUCUUGCACAACGGGUGGAUAUUUGAAGAGUCUACGGUCCUUGUCAGAAGAAACCAGCUUCUAUCAAAGUGCCUACAACCCCAAAAUUGUAUUAGCUCAAAACAAUAUUGAUACAUUCGUGAUCAUAAUACCGAAAAAAUUUUGCUUUCGGUUGAAACCGCGAUUUUUUUUUAUGAAUUUUCAAAGUCGUGAAAUAUCGCUAUAACGAAAACCAUAACCGGGUCAAAGUACAAGUCAAAAGGAUUUGGGUCUAGCGCAUUUCGUGACGUCAUACAAGGAGAUCAUUUGCACAACAUGCGCACAAAUAUACUUGCUUGCCUCGAGUUGUUGUAACAUUAUUCUGAGCAAGAAAAUUACGUAUAAAACUGUGAAAGCUGAUCAAGUUCUAGGUAGUGUUCAUUAAGCGCCUCAGCCAACAAGAUUUGGGAAGAUGUCAUGGUCAUGUUUGACCGAUCGGCGAGUCUGCAGCGAAGAAU